AUGGCCAGGGAUCAUGAGCAAGCCAACUGGAUCUCCAAGGGACCCCCCGCCCCCCAAAAAAGACACUGGGGAAUUAUGAGGACUGGAAGGUUCCAGGUAGUCACAAGUGAAUUCCCCGAAGUUCAAGAGUCUGGAAACGGGUGUUGGGUAAGAUUUAAAAAGAAUUACAUUUGCCUCGCGGGCUCCUGGGACCCGGCCGGCUACCUGCUCUACUGCCCAUGCAUGGGGCGCUUCGGGAACCAGGCUGAUCACUUCUUGGGCUCCCUGGCAUUUGCAAAGCUAUUGAACCGCACCCUAGCUGUACCCCCUUGGAUUGAGUACCAACAUCACAAGCCUCCAUUUACCAAUAUCCAUGUGCCCUUCGAGAAGUACUUCAAGCUGGCGCCCCUCAAGGCUUACCAUCGGGUCAUCAGCCUGGAGGACUUCAUGGAGAAGCUGGCCCCCACCCAUUGGCCCCCUGAGAAGCGGGUUGCAUACUGCUUUGAAGUGGCGGCCCAGAGAAGCCCUGAUAAGAAGACAUGCCCAAUGAAGGAAGGAAACCCCUUUGGCCCAUUUUGGGAUCAGUUUCAUGUGAGUUUCAACAAGUCGGAGCUUUUUUCGGGCAUUUCCUACAGCGCCUCCUACAAAGACCAGUGGAUCCAGAGAUUUUCUCCAGAGGAACAUCCAGUGCUGGCCCUGCCAGGGGCCCCAGCCCAGUUCCCUGUCCGGGAAGAGCACAGGCCACUGCAGAAGUACAUGGUAUGGUCAGACGAGAUGGUGAAGACAGGAGAGGCCCUGAUCCACACCCACCUCAUCCAGCCCUAUGUCGCUAUUCACCUACGCAUUGGCUCCGACUGGAAGAACGCCUGUGCCAUGCUGAAGGAUGGGACUGCGGACUCGCACUUCAUGGCCUCUCCGCAGUGUGUGGGCUACAGCCGCAACUCAGCGACCCCUCUCACCAUGACUAUGUGCCUCCCAGACCUGAAGGAAAUCAAGCGGGCCGUAGAGGUCUGGGUGUGGGCCCAGAAGGCCCGGUCUGUCUACAUCGCCACGGAUUCUGAGAGUUAUGUGCCCGAGAUCCAGCAGCUCCUCAAAGGGAAGGUGAAGGUGGUGAGCCUGCAGCCUGAGGUGGCCCAGAUCGACCUGUACAUCCUUGGCCAAGCCGACCACUUCAUAGGCAACUGUGUCUCCUCCUUCUCCGCGUUCGUGAAACGGGAACGAGACCUCAUGGGGAGGACAUCCUCUUUCUUUGGCAUGGACUGGCCCCCACAGUUGCGGGACGAGUUCUGAUCUAGGCUGGAGCACGUCACCAGCCUAGCUGGUCUCUCCAGCCAGGCCUGGCACCCAGAGCUGCUCCCAGGAUUGAUCCCCAAAGGAGCAGGCCAAAAAGAGAAGCAGCUGCCAAGGACAGAAAAGUACCAGGGACUUCCUGGGGCAGAAGAUGGCCCAUCUCCCCGGGUACAGGACUUCCAGGUUCCUAGGAGCCAGACCAUCUUCCCUGCUCCUGUGCUUCUGGGAGUUUCUCACACCAGCAAAACAGUCCAACCACUGUCUUUUGGUCUACUCUGCUCUAAUUAGGGGCAGAAAUAGAAUAUUGGGGACCAGCUAUAAUUAUAAGAAAUACUAGAGGCCCAGUGCACGAAUCCCUCA